GUGAUUGGGCCUUGAGGGUGGAGUCCUUAUGAUGGGAUUAGUGUGAGAUUAGUGCCUUUAUAAGGGACAGCUAGCCAGUACCUGAUACAUGGAGAAGGCACCAUCUCUGAACCACAAGGCAGACACUCAACGGACACCUUGAACUUGGACUUCCAGCCUCCUGAACUAAUAUACCGUCGUGCCUCUCUCUGUGUAGUCCAACUUGAGCACCUACGAUGGCGAAUGAAGCUCAGCCGUGCCCGUGCGACAUCGGCCACAGGAUGGAGUAUGGCGGGAUGGGGCAUGAAGUCCAAGUGGAGCACAUCAAGGCUUACCUCACCAAACCCCCCAUGGAUACAGGCAAAGCUGUGAUCGUCAUUCAGGAUAUCUUUGGCUGGCAGCUGCCCAAUACCAGAUAUAUAGCGGAUAUGAUUGCAGGAAAUGGAUACACAACCAUCCUUCCGGAUUUCUUUGUGGGCCAAGAGCCAUGGAGCCCCUCUGGUGACUGGUCCAUCUUCCCUGAGUGGGUGAAGUCAAGAAACGCCAGGAAGAUCAAUAAGGAGGUUGAGGCUGUUCUGCAGUACCUGAAGCGACACUGCGGUGCCCAGAGGAUCGGCGUCGUGGGCUUCUGCUGGGGCGGCAUCGCUGUGCACCAUAUCAUGACCACGUACCCAGAAGUCAAGGCCGGAGUAUGCGUCUACGGGGUCGUCAAGGACUUCGGAGACAUUUACAGUUUAAAGAACCCCACGCUGUUCAUCUUUGCUGAAAAUGACUCCGCCAUUCCCCUGGAGCACGUCUCUCAGCUGACCCAGAAGCUGAAGGAGCACUGCAAAGUUGAGUAUCAGAUCAAGACGUUCUCUGGGCAGACUCACGGGUUUGUGCACCGGAAGAGAGAAGACUGCUCCCCUGAAGACAAGCCCUACAUUGAAGAAGCAAGGAGGAAUCUGAUCGAGUGGCUGAACAAGUACCUGUAGCGGCGGUCAAGUGCAAAUGGUUUUCACCCAGACACGUGCUUUAUUCUCCAGGCUUACGGAUAUCAUCAAUCUUCAGAAUCAUUCUGACCAUCUGCGUUGCAAGAGAGAUCUGUUGCUUUUUGCCAAUCAGCGUUUCUAUGACAUGCUGUUGCUUCAUGUCUGAAAAAAGCAAGUACAUCAAUUAUCCUAAAAUAGCCACGUAUUAUCUGUAGAGUAUCAAUAAGCAGCUCUGGUUUAUGGAAUCGGUGUUCCUCCUGGGAGCCUCUGGGAUGGGAAGCUGGUUUGGAGAGCUGUGGGGGUGCAGGGGGUGCUUCCCGAGGACAAGCUCAAGAGAGGAACCUUUCAGGGACGUCUCCAUCUGCACCCUCACUCAGCAAGCCUCAAGUCAGUGAAAUCUGACCUGAGAAGCUCAGUAUUCCCAAGCAGACCAGGAAAUGCUUAAUUUUUAUCACAUGCAGCUAUUCAACUAAAAGCGUUAAAUAAAUGACAAAAAGUUGCUAUUAUUAAAA